GGAAUCAUGAGCUGUUCGGGACGCCGUAGUUCUAUAGAGCAGCUCUGCCCCUCCCACUGCCCCCUGCACAAAGCAUCCUGUGUGUCUACUUCCCCCCGAUAUACUGUGCCCACCCCCCGGCCGCCAGCAGCCCGGCACGGCCGUACCCUCCUCCCUCCGCUCCCCUCUCCCAGUAACCAGGUUUUUAAAGAAUUUCCAGAAGAUUUCACCACAUCCUAAAACUCGAGUUAAACUUCCUGAAAGAUUAUGAAGAGAGAGAGCUAAAUUCGUCUUAGGACUUACGGAUGUAAUUUUUUGUUGGACUAUGGCUCUGUGAAUAUUUUGGCUCUGGAGUGGAUGCUUCUCGGCCAGCAGCAACUCUACAAAAGUGUGAAAACCAAAACAGAGUGUGAUGUCUGCAGGCUUCCAUGUAGGUUGUCAUAGGUUUCCAGCUCACAUUUUUGACUAUGAUGGAAAAUGGAGAGGAAUCCUAUGUUAUGGAGAACGAUCUGAGCAGGCCAAGCCACAUGGAACUUUCAGAAUGUUGGGUCAGUGAAAGGCCAGAAGGAAUAGGGUCUUUUGGCCCUGUUUCUGGAAAAAUGGCUGAAGACCAAGCUGCUCGGAACUCCCUGGAUCGCAGUAAUGCUAAUAGACAACAGAACCAGUGGCGAGACAAGGCAGAACACCAUCAACAAGAAGAAGAAGAAGUUGCAUGCCAAUCAGGAACAGUUGCUGCAGAUUUCAGCUUCCUUCCUGGACAAAGUAUAGCAGUACCUGUACCUAAUGUAGAAAAACAAAGGUCUAGAGAGGAGAACAUUGUUGCUCAAAGGGCUUCAGAACCACAAAUAGUCAAAAUUGCAGAAGAUGCAAGAGCGCAGGGGCCCAGUUUUGGUAAAAUGGAAAAAGACAACAUGUUGAUCUGCAGACCACAGGCAUAUAAUGUUGGCCAGCAGGCUAAGAAUAUAGAUGUACCCACAAGAAAAGACAUUGGAUCUCCAGAACAGUCAAAUCAGAGAUACUGGGGCUUGUUUCAAUGUUCCUUCUGCAAUUUUGUUUUUCAAGACCUGUCUGAACUGGUGCAGCACCAGGAAACUCACAAUCAGGACAAGUUUCAAGGCAUUGGCCAAGAACUUGUGCAGCUGGAUCAGACUGAGAGUACUCAGUGUGAGUGGAGGAGAUACCGUUGCAUUGUGUGCGAUAAGACUUUCUGCAAACAGUCCUCACUAGUCACUCACCUUCGUAUACACACAGGUGAGAAACCGUAUUCUUGUCACGUAUGUAGAAGGAAAUUCAAUCAGCGCACAAGCCUAACUGUCCACCUUAGGACACAUACUGGCGAGGCUCCGUUUCGCUGCAAUAAGUGCAAUAAGAGUUUCAGGCAGCAAUCUAACCUUACACAUCACAUGAAGAGCCACCAAAGAGCUGAGGAGCUUGAUGGAGGAGACUGGAGUGAAGAAAACCGAGCCCCUGGAUUUCCAUUGAUGUAUCUUGUUUCUGAAGGGGAUGAAUUUAGUAAUGAAGUAUGGGGUCCCAAGGUAUCUUUAAUCAAAGGGGAUAAGGAAGAAGACUCUGCUUCUUGCAAAAGACCUUUUGUCUGUGGACACUGUUUUAAGCGCUUCACGCACCAGUCCAACCUUAUGGUUCAUCAGCGCAUUCACACAGGGGAUCGAUCUUACCGUUGCCAAGAAUGUGGCAAACACUUUACAAGGAGGACUAGCUUGAUGGUUCACUUGAGAGGGCACACCGGUGAGAUGCCGUACUCCUGUCAGCAGUGUGGUAAAAGUUUUCGGCAGCAAUCUAAUCUUCUCUACCACAUGAAGAGUCAUGCCGGCCAAAACGAUGCAGCUGCAGGCAGUACAAAUAAACAUACAGUGAAACUAUCGGGGCAGUUGAUUGGGCCCUCAGGCCAGUAUGUGGAGAGAGAGAGUCCACGUCCAGUAAGCAUUGGCAAUAGUGGAGUCACUAGAGUUCCUGAGAACCAAAUGAGGGUUUAUCAGUGCAACCAGUGUUCAAGAUGGUUUCCUAGUACUUCUAGUCUCUUGCUUCAUCAAAAGUUUCACGUGGAACAGCCAAGUAACGUUAUGCAGAGCAGAGAAGUUCAGGUUCAGUACCCCAUCGGUAUAAGCCAACCACAUACAUUCACAGGGAAUGUGCUGAUUUCCCAGCAAGAACAUGAAAGGAGUCAACAGCAACAUUUCAGACUUUUCUCUCGGAUGGAUGGAAACAAUGUUCCAGGAAUGCUUAAUAGCUCUGCACCAAAAGUCACCCCACAGUCAGGAUCCAACUCUGGGUAUCAUAAACCUGGAAGUACAGUAGAAGGAGGACCUAUUAAGGGAAGUUUCCAAAUAAGAGGAAGAGGAAGACCUAGGAAGAAUAUCUGGUUUGGGUCAGGACAAACAGCCAUGGGAGGUUUUGGAACAGGAAAACCUCUUCAUAAAUGUUGGAAAUGCCCUCGACGUUUCAAUAAUAAAUCAAAUUUAAUCGUCCAUUUACGAAUUCACACAGGGGAAAAGCCUUACCAGUGCUGGAAGUGUGACAAGCGGUUUCGCCAACAGUCAAACCUGAUCCAGCAUCUCCGAAACCAUGAGGAAUUCCGUGAUGAUGAUGAUGAUGUUCCAAGACAAAAGAAGGGAAUGAAUAAACUAAGGCAAAGUGGGAAGAAUUUUCACAAUACAGCGAUGCUUUCCUCAUCUGGUGCAUCUCAAACCCACUGGAGUUUUCUUCCUUUUACUGAUGGAAACCUCAUGAAUCAAAACAGACAGUUACUUGAGGUGUCCCCGGUCUCGCAGUUAGAGGACGCUGCAUCCCACAGUGACUGCAGCAAUGACACCUUAGGGAAUGAAUCCGCUGAGAGGUCAUAUAAGUGUGGCAGCUGCUUUAAGACAUUUAACCACAAAUCCAACCUAUUAGUCCAUGAGCGUAUCCACUCAGGAGACAAGGCCUAUCGUUGUCAGGAAUGUGGGAAGCAAUUUAGUCAGCGCACUAGUUUAAUGGUGCAUCUCCGAACUCAUACAGGGGAGAUGCCCUACUCCUGCCAGCAAUGCAGGAGGCGCUUCCGUCAACAGUCUAAUUUACUUUACCACAUAAAGACCAACACAGUCCAUGGGCAGCUUAAAUGUACAGCCGAGAACUUUAUUAACUCAGUUUCUAGAAUUGAUUCUGGGGAGGAUAAUAGAAUUUGUACUGAGUUGGAUUCAAUCCCUGGGCAAGCGCAGGCUUGGAUGCAUUUGGAACCAAGUUCUAAGACUGAAACUGCACCAGCCCUGCCCCAGGAGGCAAUAAAGGAGGAGUUUCCCUGCCCUGACUGUGACAAGGUGUUUACUCAUCAGUCAAACCUGCUAGUCCACCAACGAAUCCAUUCUGGAGAAAGGGCAUACCGAUGCCAUGAGUGCAACCGUCAGUUCAGCCAGCGCACCAGCCUGAUGAUCCAUUUGCGCACUCACACCGGGGAGAUGCCCUAUGCUUGCCAGUGUUGUGGCAAGAGAUUCCGCCAACAAUCAAACCUGUUGUAUCACUUAAAAAGCCAUGCCAACCAAAUGGCUGGCAUGGAUGUUAUUACAAGUGCAGAGUAUACAGCUCCAAAAACAAGAGGCCGACCCCGCAAAUGUGAUUCUAAUGAUGAGAGGAGAGCAAAAAAUAUCAUUCCGAGGGGCAAGCGUACCUUCAAGUGCAUGGAGUGCCCAAGGCGCUAUAAUUUAAUGUCCAACUUAGUUGCUCAUCAGAGAUCCCAUGACCGCCAACCACUGCAUACGUGUUCAGAUUGUGGGGAAGGUUUCCUUCAGCAGAGUUACCUCACCGUGCACAAGAAACUCCACACCAAGGGAGACCUUCCUGAACACGUUGGGCAGUUCUGCUGGAAACAGAAUCAAGAGCUGAUGAUCAGAAAUCCAAGCAUAGAGGAAGAGAGAGGAGUACUUUAUACACAACAUGAAAAGUAACCUACAUUCAAUUUUCAGAAUCUCUGGUACACGUACAAAGUGAGACCUGACCUGUUAAGAUGCAAGAGCAAUAUUUUUUGUUUUGGUUUUUUUUGUCAAUAGACAAGGUCUUUCCAAGGUUUUAUGGAAGCGAGCUGUGAACUUGGGUUCUCUUACCAUUUUGGUCCAUUAAAGAUGCAGAAUAAGAGUUGCCUGAACCCUUCAGCUGCACUCCUUCUCCUCUUCCUAAUUAUCAGGCAAUGACUCUUCUGAUCUUGUGUAAAGCUGUCUAAAAUAUGCUGUGCCAUUCUUUUUUUUACAUGUAGAAUUGUCCAAUGUGUGUCUUUUGUGUGUUGCUAAAAUACAGCAGAGCUCAUCCGCCAUACACGGAAGCGAUGAUGCAAACUGUAGUUGAGUAACAUCUGAGGGGGACAACGUUUGGACACCUCUCGUUUUGAACUCUUGUAAAAGGUGGGAUAAUGCUAACCAAGCAAUGAUAACCCUUGCCAAUUGGCUCGUGAAAAAACGCCAACGUACCAGCUGUGCAUUUGUGUGAUAGGCAGUUUGUAGCACUUGGCAGUGCGCAGAGAAGACAUGUAUAGUAAUGCUUCUUUUUUAGUAGUGAAAACGUUUAGCAUGGGGAACCUUAACUAAUCCUAAAACGUCAAAUUCCCAUAUAAAAAAACUUGUUUUUUAUAUAAUUAUACUGUAAAACAGGAAGCACUUUUUUAUUUUACCUGUAGUAAACCCAACACCAGGCGGUGCCCUGGAAAAAAAAACCCUGAAACUUCUCUGGUUUCAGUUUGACGGAAUAUUAAUCAGUGAAAAAGCUUAGUAGACCAGGUUCAAACACCUCCAGUGGUGGAAAAUGUAACAUUAAGGUAGCUGGAACAGAAUCCCAUUUGUGUUUUUUUCAUACUGUCGAAGGACAUUUUCAGUGUGUAAAUGUUAUAAGAUAUAUAACAGAAUGGAGUUUGGUGGCAUUCACUAAAUGGUUCAUAUCAUAUAUCAUAACAAGAGUUCCCAGUGCUUUUUGACCCAAAGUUGAUGAAGUCAUGGUUCCUUACAAGUUCCAUUGCAUAAACAACAGACAGACAAACUUUCUAUAUAGAUAUAUAUAAUCCUAUUCUUUCCCUUUGCACCUCAUGAUACUUUGGGCUGUAGUUAUAAAAGGGUAUAGUAAAUUCUACACUUAAGGUCAAAAUAUAUAUUGAUACCAAUGAAAAGGCAUCUUUGUUAAUUAUGGCAACUGCGCUGGUGGACAACGUGUAUAAUAUGAAUGACCAAUAGCAAAGUUGCUUAAAUGACUUCCGUGUACAGGAGCCCAAUGUCUGAUUAUCAGGUACAACAACAAUCAAAGAAACCAUUCAAUUGCUUUUAUUAUGUUCUUUCCUUCAAAAAUAUCUGUUUUUUGUAUAUAGACUUUGAAAAGUGCUUCCCAUGGGAAAAGGCUUGUACAGAAUUGUAGAUGAUGGAAGACUUUUUCUUCAGUAUAAACUGCAUAUCUAAAUGGGAGUGGUUGCUUUAAUUAGUCUGUUCAUAAAGGGCCCUGGACCAAUAUCCAGGCACCUUAUUUUUUGAAGCAAUUGAGAAUAGAUGAGAGCAGGUUUGGAGGACCUUUUGCUAGUGAUGUAACCAAACUCACUCAUUCCCUUCUGAUCUGUUUCCUGGUCAAGACUACUACAACUUACCCGUAAAGGCGAUGUAGUAGUAGUAGUUUUAUUGCUUACCCAAUAAAACUAUGUUCCUACAAAUGUAGCAAACCUUAUUGCAUGUUCCUGUAGCUGAGUAUUGAAAUAAUGCCAAAUCCUUACACUUCGAUCCAGCCAAAGUGUUAAGGUGGCCAUGCACCUUCAGAUCCGCUCACUUGGCGAUGUCGGCAAGCGAGCGGAUCUUCUCCUGAUAUCCCCACCUACGGGUGGGCGAUAUCGGGCAAAUCCAGGCUAAUUGGGUCAUUUGGCCCUGGGACCAAACGAUCGAAUUAGAACGACGGGUAUAGGAGAAGUUGGAUCGGGGACCGCAUCAACGAACCGAUGUGGCCCGUGAUCUGACCAAAUUUUUUAACCAGGCCAGAUAUCGGUCGGGCAGGCCUGUCGUUGCUGCCCCUACACAGGCCAAUUAGCUGCCAAAUCGGUCUAAGGGACCGAUAUUGGCAGCUAGAAUCGGCCUGUGUAUGGCCACGUUUAGUCCCAGCAUAGGGACUUUAAAUGAAUUGCCCCACAUCACCCAAACCAAAGAGCUGUCAAAUUAACCAGGCUAUGGAGUUGCUUAGCACUUUUAAAUUCUGCAAAGAAGAUUCCCCUUUAGGCAAAUGUCCUACAGGGAGAUUACGAUUUUUAAAAAGCAAGUUUCAGUGACAAGUCGUUCGUCUUUUCCUAAUAAGCGAUUAGUAGAGAUUUCAACAAUGAAGUGAUUCUAUUUUCCACAAAUCAGUGCGUCAUAUUCCCCGGUGUAAUGGGGAAAUUUCCAUGCAAUUGCAGCGACUUCCCACCCAGUGGGCUUACCUUUGAGCGAUUCCAAUAGUUAAGAAUAGCAAUACUUUCUUUGUAACAUCGCUCGGAAAAGGGUCUCAUAGCCAUUGGAAGCGAUUCAAAGUAGUAUCGUCAGUUUGGGUAUUGGAGAUUCACAUUGUUCUUUAUUUAGAGACAUAACGAACGACUUGGCGCUGGAACUUAUUUAAAAAUCGUAGCGCCUAUUCUUUCUGUGGGGCAUUAGCCUUAUCUUUAACCAAUCUUAGGUUGGAUUAUUCUGUAUAAACUGAAGACUCAACUCGCACCUUUUUUAUGAAAGUGACGCCAUCUAAUGUUGAAAUGUUUGUCUUUAUACAUCUGUGAAAUGUGUAGUGUUUCUUUUCAUUUGUUUAGAGGACUUUGUUUCAUGUUAUAAUAUGAUAAAUAAUUUUUCUUUUUUUUUUUUUUUCUUUUUUUUACUGUCUUAAGGGAUGACACUUGAUCUUUCAAAACACAGCGGUACAAGCCCAAUGCAGUUCGGGUUGCUGUCUGUUACUGUAGGAAAAUCCAGGCAGUAACCCAGUUUACAACAACUUUGUCUAAAUCAGUGCUUCUCAACCUUUCACCUUGGAAAACACAUAUUUCCGAUGGUCUUAGGAAUAAUUUUAUGGUUGGGGGUCACCACAACAUGAGGAACUGUAUUAAAGGGUCGCGGCAUUAGGAAGGUUGAGAACCACUGGUCUAAAUUGAGUUGUGUCAGGCAGUUGUACCAGAUAAAAAAAAAUUGUGAAUAGGUUAGGAGUGGUAGCCAGAGUGCCAAAAGGGUUCCGAGUAGGCCCAGGCCCUAGUGGACCUCGAUCUUGGACAAUUCCCAUUAGCCCUUCUUAUUUCCACCAUCAGCCUAUAUCAUCAUUAUCCCCUUUGGCACAAUAUUUUGCCUUAUUUAUUCAACCCUGCCUGGUUUCAGUAACCUGGCUACUUACGCAAUUGGUUUGUCUCUUUGUUUUUGCUAUCCGUUCCCUGCCAAAACUGAUUAGUAAGGCAAACUCUUUCUACUGCAUUUUAUCCAUAAAACAAAUUACUAUUAUCUAUAAGCCAAAAGAUUGGGAAACUGUAAAAUAUAGAGAGAAUGGGAUGAUUUUUGCAAAUCAUUUAUACCUUAUAUUUUAUUGCAAGUAGUACAAGGACAAGAUGUUGAAACUAAGAAAUGUUAUUGGUUUCUUAAAAAAAAAAAAUAUACCCUCGUUUUGAAUUUGAUGCCAGCAACAUGUUUCAAAAUAGGGGCAGCAAAAACUGGAGAAGUCGUGAAAGGCUAAAAAAGACCUGGUGGAAGUGGUAAUGGGUCAGUUACAUGAUUGGUUAUAAAAAGAGUGGAUCCCAGAAAGGCUUUGCCUCUAGUAAAGACAGCUAGAGUUACCCACUCUGUAUAACACUGCAUGGGGAGGGGCAAUAUUGCAAGAAUUUAAGAAUAGUGUUGCUUGGCAUAAGAUUGCAAGGAAUUCUGGGAUUUAAUCUACAGUACAUAAUAUUAAAAGAUUCAAGGAAUAUUGAGAAAUCUCCAUAAGGCCAAAAGCCAGUAUUGGAUCUUCAGGCCCACUGAUGCAAGUUAAAAUUCUGCCAUGCAAAGAAGAAACCAUCCAGAAACACUUGUUGCCUUCUCUUAACCCAAACUCAUUUAAAAUGGACUGAGGCAAAAUGGAAAACUGUCCUGUGGUGUGGCUAAUUUUAAGUUCAGUAUUGGAAAUCAUGGAUAUUGCAUGCAUUGUACCGAUAACAAGCAGGAGAGUCCAUCUACUCCAGGAGUGGCCAAUACGUCGUUAGCGGUCCACCAGUUGAUCCCCUGUGGGUUUCUGGUGGACCGCGAUGAAGCCGGGGAUGCGGAAGUGCUGCGUGAAUGUGUACAUGCGUACAUAAGCAUUCACACCACACUACACCGCAUUCCCUGGUCGUCAGUCGAUCAUGGAGGAAAAAAGUCUGGCCACCCCUGAUCUACUCUAUAGCCCAAAGUUCAAAAGCCUUAGUGCCCAUGGUAUAGGGAGCUUGCACAUCUGGGAAGGCACAAAUAAUGCUGAACGAUAUUUGGGUUAUGUAGCCAUCCAGACAACUGGUAACAGUCUUUUUCAGGGAAGGCAAUUGGUCUCCUCAGUUCCCAAAGGGAGAUGGAACACAGUGGGAAACAUGUUUUGAAAUGUGUUGCCUUCCAAAAGGGCAUAUAUGUCAGAAACCAAUAACAGUUUCAACAAUUAUGUUGUCGUUAGGGUUUAAAUCAUCUGAAAAUCAUCCCAUUAUACUAAUCCCAUUGACUAACAGAACACUUUCAGCAACAUCUAUCAAGCUGGACAGAUUCACUUUGAUUCAUGACAUCACCAUUUCUUUACUGGUCAGAUGCUUUGUGCUUUCCCACUGGUUGGACCCAGGUUGAGUGGAAAGUGGUCCUAAACUACUUGUAGUUGCAUAGAAAUAAGUAAUAAGAAACUUCUAAACCUUUUGGUUUAGUCCCUAAUGCUCUAAAGCAGGGGAGAUAGUAUCGGGGGUUUCUCCAAUAUGGUUGAUUUUGGAUUGAGGAGGAAGAUAUCGGAUUGAUCAGUUUAUUUGGCCCGAAGGCCAAGUGAUCGGAUCACGUUAGUAUGAUGCAGGCUGUCCGGCCGAGGACCACGUGAUCUGCAAAACUGCCAAACAAUCAGAUCUUUCUCCAAUAUUGGCAAUAUUGGAUUGAGUGGGUGAUGUCAGAUUGAUCAGAUUAUUUGGCUCAAGGGCCAAACAGUCAGAUCACAUUGAGAGGAUGCAGGCUGUGGGGGCAAGGACCCCAUAGCCAAGCCGAUGCACUCCUUGCCCUGAUGUAGAUUUGGCAGGUUAAGAAAUCCCAUCUGCCCAAUAUCCAGCCAGAUAUCAGUGGGGUAGGCCCGUCAGAAGGCCCCAUACACAGGCCGACAAGCUUCCGACAUGGUCUGUCCACAGCUUUUUUUGGGCCACCUUUAGUUGUGAGGAACGCCCUCAAGGGAAUAUUUGUUUGAACUCUUGUACAAUGUAAGUUUGUAACAUUGUAUUGUUUUUGUGGAAAAACCUUGUUUUUUUUGUAGGGCUGAUUAAAAUGAGGGCUCUGCCAUAGACUGAAAGUCUAUCAAUUUAUGAAGAGCAACAGCUUCAAUAGAGACUGGAGCCAAAGAGCACGAGGAUGGAUUUUAGCGAUAAGACUUGUCUAUUAGAAGUAGAUUCAUUCAGAUAAUGUUGUAGUGUUUCUGUGUGUAAGUGCACCUAGAUUCGAGCCUUUUACACCUCUCUACCAGCUGCAGAGAUUGUGUUUGGCCCAAAAAAAACAAGCUGUUUAAAUGUUUCGUCUUGUCAACGGGAAAUCAGUUUGAGGCUUUUUACUGUGCAGAAAGGCACCUGCGGUUUGAGCUUUCCUGAUAAUAAUACAGUGCCUUAUUGCCCUGGUGCAAACAUAUCAUAAGCGCAGAACAUGUGAUCAAACGGCAAUUACGGGCCACAGUGCCGUGCCAACACGAGGAGCAACACGCUGCGACAGGAGCAGAAAUAGACUGGCGACGGAUUGGUUGCUACGUGCAGCUGGCUUCCUCCAAUCAUAUCAUAAAAACCAAGGGUUCAGGAAGAUGGAUAUGGGUAUAAAGAAAGGAAGAUCUGUGUUUUGUAAAAAAAAUCUAUAUAUAAAUCUAUAUACACAUUUUAUUUUAUUGUGAAUAUUAACCAUUUGUGCUGUGCAAUUGUUAAUUUAAACCUUUUAUUUGUCGUCUUCCACUGCAAGUGACCGAGUUUGUCGAAUUAGCAACACCUUUCUCUUAAUACAAGACCUCACUUUAUAUUGAUUGUGCUUCUAUAACUCCUGUGUGCGACCUCAGCUCUGACGUAGAUUCUUAACACUACUGGGUCUUUCUUUUCAAGGGGCUGUACCAUUUCAAAGGCUGAAUAUGGGGGUGGGGGACAAACUUCAGUAAAGCUUAUUGGUUUGGAACUGCAAUUUGCUACUACGUCUGUGAUUUGCAGUUCUACAACACUGGUUGUGUACCCUUCCCCCUAUGUGCUACAGUGAACAUAAAGCCCCACCACCAUGUUUUAUCAGCUGAGGGAUCUACCUUAUCAAUAGGUUUACUUAAUGCUGGGACUACCUGAUUGGAAUUCAGAGGAUACUGUCUCACCAGGAUUCUGAAUAUAUAUUUGCAAUACUCUGAUGCUGUUUGUAUGGCUAUGGGACACCCUGUGAGACUCAGUUGCCAGGAAUGAGACUGUUCUUCACUGGAUGACACCGUGGCUGCCUUUACUGGACACAGACUCAAUCUAGAGAAGUUGGGCAGGCCUUCCAAUGCAGUGUGUACACUUGGCUAGCAAAGGCAAUAUCCAAGGUUUUGUGGUCCGGCCACGGAAAUUGGACAGUUUUAAUGGAGCUAAACUUACCAAAAUUGGUAUAUAAUACAGUAUAACGAAAACGAUUUUGUAAUGUCUAUAGGGAAUGGCGGAGCACCUUGAUGGCCAUGGAUGAAAACCUUUGUCCCCAAAAGUGAUUAUCCAGUCAACCUUCCAAAUGUACGCUCUCUACUGUUACUCUUUAAUAGACUCCUUUGUUAUGAUAUCUUCCAUAGGAUGCUCUUGUUAGAUUAAUUCUUCAUGUGGUAUUAUUAACAAUGCAUUAGCAGAAGAAAAUAAACCGUUUUUGGAAAA